AUGCUUGACGUGCACGGCAUGCACUGCGGCGGAUGCGCGGCGAGCGUGCGGAAAAUCUUGGAGGGCGAUGACGCCGUGCGAAGCGCGUCGGUGAAUUUGGCCAAUGAGUCCGCCAUGUUGGCUGAGCUCGUCACUGCCGCAGGGUUCCCGACGUCUCUGCGCGACGCUGGUGGAGUCGCUGUUGCGGGAGUUACGGGUGCCGAGGCGACGAAACUAAAGAGAGACGAACGUUUGCGACGGAUUAAAGAAAGCACGCAGCGCGUGAUCGUGGCUUGGGCUCUCGCGAGCGCGUGCUUGUUGGGACACGUUUCACAUUUUUUCCACGCGAGCGCGCCGUGGCUCAGAGUCUUGCACAGUAAUCCCGUUCACAUCACGCUCUCGCUCUUUGCCAUGGCAGGACCAGGGCGUCAGAUUUUGAUUGAUGGCUGGCAAAGUUUGCGACGAGGAGGUCCGAAUAUGAACACGUUGGUAUCCCUCGGAGCCAUGGCAUCUUUUUCGAUGAGCACGGCGGCCAUGAUGCUCCCAGGCUUAGGUUGGCCCACGUUCUUCGAGGAGCCCGUCAUGUUACUAGCAUUCGUACUUCUUGGGAGAGCAGUCGAGGAACGUGCCAAGCUUCAAGCAACGAGUGAUAUGUCUGCGCUACUGAAUCUAGUGCCAGAGACCGCUCGCUUGGUGUCAUCGACUUCCACGGCAAACGGAGAUGAGCCAUACUAUCGUACAGUUCCGACGUCUGUCAUCGAAGUAAAGGAUAAAAUCAUCGUUUUACCUGGAGAUAGAAUUCCCAUCGAUGGCACGGUAGUGAGUGGAUGCAGUACGGUGGAUGAAGCCGCCAUCACUGGCGAGCCAAUCCCUCGGCCGAAAAAAGCCGGCGACACGGUAGCGGCGGGAACAGUGAACUGUGAUGGCGUUUUGACGAUUGAAGUCGUGUCUUCAGGAGAAGAAACGCAAGUAGCUGGUAUCGUUCGCAUGGUGGAGUCAGCGCAACAACGCGAAGCGCCAGUGCAGCGACUUGCAGAUCAAGUCUCUGGCAAGUUUGUGUACGGUGUGAUGGCAGCGAGCGCGGCGACGUUCACGUUUUGGAGCACCGUCGGCACGAAAGUCUUCCCCGGUGUUCUUGCGACAGCUGCUUCGGCAACUAAUGCACCAAUUUUGAUUGCACUUCAAAUGACGGCGUCAGUCUUAGUCGUUGCGUGCCCGUGUGCUCUUGGUUUGGCGACGCCGACGGCGGUACUCGUCGGCACGGCGCUCGGCGCCCGCCAUGGCCUUCUCAUUCGCGGUGGAGACAUCUUAGAAAAAGCCAACAAUUUAGACACCGUUAUUUUCGACAAAACUGGAACGUUGACUAUUGGUAAACCAGUAUUGACGGAAACGCGCACAAGCGGGGGCUUUAGCGACGCUGAAAUCAUCGCUCUUGCGGGAGCGGUCGAGCGAAACUGUCGCCACCCGUUGGCGUUAGCCAUCACCGAAGCGGCUGAUAAGCAAGGAAUUCCCCGGCAUUCAGUUGAUGAAGGAACGUUCAAGCAGGAGCCCGGCGCUGGAGCGAGUGCUGUGGUGAAUAAGAAGCUGGUUUCCGUCGGCACAACCUUCUACAUUCAAGGCAACAAUACCGUGCCGAUGGAGCUGAUCAAUGCCGUGGACAACCCAGGUCGCACGCCGGUGUACGUCGGAAUCGAUGGCAAAAUCGUGGGUGUUUUAGAGAUGCAAGACGAAAUUCGUAAGGACGCGGCCGAAACCAUCAAGCGACUUCAUGCGAAGAAUAUACAAACUAUCAUGAUUUCGGGCGACAGGCUUGAAACGGCCCAAGCAGUAGGCAAACUCGUGGGCAUCGAUGAAAAGUACGUAUACGGGGAUGUACGACCCGAGGGAAAAGCUGAACUCGUACAAGACUUUCAGUCGAAGGGCAAAUGCGUCGCAAUGGUCGGUGAUGGUAUCAACGACGCCGCAGCUUUGGCACAGGCAGACAUCGGCAUCGCCAUGGCGGGCGGCGUCGGCGCCGCAAGCGAAGUCGCUUCCAUCGUCUUGCUCGGCGAUAGAUUACCGCAAGUCGGCGAUGCGAUCGACUUGAGCAGAGCAACGUUUAACAAAAUUAAGCAGAAUCUGUGUUGGGCUUUUGGGUACAACCUGAUCGGUAUUCCGAUAGCCGCUGGCGCUUUAUUGCCAGCAUAUGGAUUGUCGCUCACGCCAUCCGUGGCGGGCGCCAUCAUGGGAUUUUCAUCCCUUGGUGUCAUGGGGAACUCUUUACUUUUGAAACUAAAAGGUCGAGAGCUUUCGAAGGCCGAGGAAGAUGAUUAA